GUAAGGUCACGUUCGUUACAUCACAUUACACCAGAAAAAUAAAUUUUCUUUAAAACAUGUACUGAACAUGUACCGGUGAAGUGUUAAUUUAGUUUUUAAUUAUAACAGAAUGAAGAGUUGAAGAAAAAUUUCAAUUGUAUAAAUAAAAAGUGCAGUGAAUUUUUUUAUUCAUAACUAUACAAAUGUGCUCCAAAAUCGUAGAACAAUGAAAUGAAGAAAUAACAAUUGAGUUAACCUUACUUUUCAUUGAUGAUCAACGAAUAUUAAUUCAGACGUGUGGAAUCACGAAUGUCAUCAAAAAUUGAUUAAAUGAUUCUGAAUUCUACUUGUUAAAAAUCAUCCAAAAAACGUAGAAGUAAUCAUGGCUCCACCAGAUCCUCUUACGCAAAUGAACGCGUACAGGUCGUACGUAACGGUGUUGGCAGAUGCCAACUCAAAAGACGAACUGAAGCUAAAAGCAGCUCAAGAACUAUCAGAGAACUUUGAAGUUAUUAUGUGUUCGUCACAGUAUCCUGCAUUUUUGGAUUAUAUAAUGAAGAUUUUCUUAAAAAUUUUACAAGAAGGUGAACCACAUUUCAUAUCGGAAUAUAAUAUUCAACAAGUACGAAAGUUGAUAUUAGAAAUGAUCCAUCGAUUACCAACAAAUGAAUAUUUGCGACCGUAUGUCAAACAAAUUCUAAGCUUGAUGUUGAAGUUAUUGGAAACUGAAAAUGAAGAAAAUAUUCUUGUUUGUCUUCGAAUUAUUAUUGAACUUCAUAAACAAUAUAGGCCAACAUUUAAUCCAGAAAUUCAACAUUUUCUUCAAUUUGUCAAGUCAAUUUAUAGUGAAUUGCCGAAGAACUUGCCAAAAAUAUUCGAACCUCGACCACCAAUUCGUGUGAAAGAUUUAUCUGAAAUAAAUAUUGAUACACUUUUAAAAGAAACUUUCACCAUAACUCCAAUUCAGAGUGAAAAAAAAGCUGCUGAUGGUACAGUAAUUACUUACAAUCUUAUUCCAAAAGCAGUUUUGUCCCUGAAAGUUCUUCAAGAAUUACCAAUAAUCGUAGUUCUUAUGUAUCAAAUAUAUAAACAAAAUGUGCAUCAAGACGUGGCUGAUUUUAUCCCUUUAAUUAUGACUACAAUCACACUUCAACCAAGUGCUCAACAUAGAGCAUCUCCAGGAUUUAAUAAAGAAGUAUUCGUAGAUUUUAUGGGUGCUCAAAUAAAAACAUUAAGCUUCUUAGCUUAUAUAAUUAGAAUUUAUCAAGACGUUGUAUCCCAACACAGCACAAUGAUGGUAAAAGGAAUGUUAGGGUUGUUGACUUUAUGCCCAAUGGAAGUAGCUCAUUUGAGAAAGGAGUUAUUAAUAGCAGCAAGGCAUAUUUUAGCAACAGAUUUAAGAACUAAAUUCGUACCACACAUGGAAAGACUUUUUGAUGAACAAGUUUUAUUAGGAAAUGGCUGGACCACUCAUGAAUCAUUGAGACCUUUAGCUUAUUCAACUCUUGCCGAUUUAGUUCAUCAUGUUCGCACUUUAUUACCUUUAAGUGAUCUUGCACGAGCAGUUCAUUUAUUCAGCAAGAAUGUCCAUGACCAAAGUCUUCCAACAACUAUUCAAACCAUGUCUUGUAAGUUAUUAUUGAAUUUAGUAGAAUGCAUUCGACAAAGAAGUGAUGCUGAAAAUAGCAACCAAGGACGUGAAUUAUUGAUGAGAAUGCUUGAAGUUUUUGUGCUUAAAUUUAAAACUAUUACAAAACUACAAUUACCAAUUUUAUUAAAUAAAGUCAACAAGCAAACAGCAUUACCUACAGUUAAUUCCGAGGUAAAGAGUGAAGAUAAACCGACUAUUAUUAAUGAAGCAAAUGAAUUGGACAAAGACACUGGAAAAUCAAAAUUUUUUACUCCUCAAUCUCAAGCAAUGAACUAUAAUGUUGCUGAUUAUCGUAGCUUAGUUAAAACCCUAGUUUGUGGGGUGAAAACGAUAACUUGGGGCUGUGCUAACUGUAAAUCUGGUGAUGUAAUUCAGUCGAAGCAAUUUCAACCAAAAGAAACUCUUGUUUUUAUCAGGCUAGUCAAGUGGGCACUUCAAGCUUUAGAUAUUUAUACAAUCGGUCCCUUUAAGUCUCAAUAUCAUUAUCACUAUUCUAAUGUUAGAUCGACAGUUCAACCACAAACUGUAAGGACGAAAGAAGAAAAAGAAGUUCUUGAGCAUUUUAGUGGUGUAUUCUCAAUGAUGAAUCCUCAAACAUUCCAGGAAAUUUUUUCAACUACGAUAGAUUACAUGGUAGAGAGAAUCUUUAAGAAUUGUGCGCUACAAAUCGUUGGUAAUUCAUUUUUAGCUAAUCCGACGACAUCACCAAUCUUUGCUACUGUUUUGGUAGAAUAUUUAUUGGAGAGAAUGGAUGAUAUGGGCUCAAAUGUUGAAAGAAGUAACUUGUACUUAAGAUUAUUUAAACUAGUCUUUGGAAGUGUGUCUUUAUUCCCAGCUGAAAAUGAACAUAUGCUAAGACCUCAUUUGCAUCAAAUCGUUAAUCGAUCAAUGGAACUUGCAAUGUCUGCAAAAGAACCUUACAACUAUUUUUUACUUCUUCGAGCUCUAUUCAGAUCAAUCGGUGGUGGAUCUCACGAUUUAUUAUAUCAAGAAUUUCUUCCUUUACUACCAAAUUUGCUCGAGGGUUUAAAUCGACUUCAAUCAGGACUUCAUAAGCAGCACAUGAAAGAUUUGUUUGUUGAAUUGUGUCUUACUGUACCAGUUAGAUUGAGCUCUCUAUUACCUUAUCUUCCAAUGCUGAUGGAUCCAUUAGUAUCAGCUUUAAAUGGCAGUCAUACUUUAGUGAGUCAAGGUCUGAGAACUCUGGAAUUAUGUGUGGACAAUCUGCAACCAGAUUUUCUCUAUGAACAUAUACAACCAGUACGAGCUGAUUUAAUGCAAGCUCUUUGGAGAACUUUGAGGAAUCCAAGUGAUCAAGUUGCUCAUGUUGCUUUUCGAGUUCUUGGGAAAUUCGGUGGUGGUAACCGUAAAAUGAUGAUUGAGCCACAGAAGUUGGAAUAUAAUAAUAGAGAUAACAAUAAUACUCCAGCUAUUGUUAUAAACUUUCCUGAUUCUAAUAAACCAAUUGAUUUUCCAGUAGAACAAGUCAUUGAAACUGCUUUUUCAGCAUUAAAAUCUAGUACAACGGACUCUUUUUACCGAAGACAAUGUUGGGAAAUCAUUAAUAGCUAUUUAUUAGCAUCUUUGCAGUUGAAUGAUAGCAAAAAUGAUCGAAUUAUUUUACAUAAAUUAUUCACACAUCCUAAUUUUAAAGAUUGUCCUAUUCCACAUCAACAAUCACAAGAUCUUAAUUACAAAUACUCUGAUUUAGUAGGAAGAAAUGUUCUUCAAACAGCUUUAACUGGAAUUUUCGUUGCUGCUGCUAUUAAAGAUUUGAGACAAUCUGUUCUUGGUACAAUGGUAUCUUUAGUAAGACAUUAUACCAUCAUAGCAAUUGUUCAGCAAGCCGGACCAUUUUGUUUAGAUGAUAAAAUUCAAAUAAACCACCACGGUCAAGACCCACUAGUUCUCAUCGAUGCUUUAGCAACAAUUAUGGGACAUGAAGAAAAAGAAUUGUGUAAACCUGGUCAUCUAGCUCUUAUAUUAAUUCUUGAAACAGCUACAAGUAUAUUAGGAACUAAAGAGCGUGCUUGCCAACUUCCAAUGAUGGAAUAUUUGGCAGAAAAAAUGUGUGCAUUGUGUUAUGAAAGAGCUUGGUAUGCUAAACUUGGUGGAUGUAUUGCAAUUAAAUUUUUAUUUGAAAAGAUGGCAACUAAAUGGGUUUUAAAUCAUCUAUUUGUCUUCCUAAAAGCUCUUAUGUUUGUAAUGAUGGAUUUGACUGGAGAAGUAUCUAAUGGCGCAAUUGACAUGGCUAAAGAAAAUUUAGAACAAAUGCUAAGAGUUUGUGUUAAUUCAAAUAUUCAAAAUACUAAUCCAGAAUUAAUUGAAGCUCAAAACAAAAGUAUUUAUGAAGUGACUCACGAACUUGUGAGACAAGUAACAUCUCCUCAUACUCUAGUUAGAGAACAAGCUAUGGCAUCAUUAAAAUUACUUGGAGAUAUUCAAGGAAAAAGUGUUACUGAAGUUAUGGAACCACAUAAAGAAGUUUUAGCUGAUAUGAUUCCUCCUAAGAAACAUCUAUUGAGACAUCAGCCAGCAAAUGCACAGAUUGGCUUGAUGGACGGUAAUACUUUCUGUACAACUUUAACUCCACGACUAUUUACAAUCGAUCUUCAAAUUACAGAACAUAAAGUAUUCUUCCAGGAGUUACUGGCAUUAUCUGAAGUCGAAGAUUCUACUUUAAAUAAAUUACCGUGCUAUAAAUCAAUAACAAAUUUAAUACCUCUAAGGAAGUCAGCUUUACGAGCUUUGGCUGCUUGUCAUUAUAUUGUUGCUUGUAGAGAAAAGAUUUUUGGAGUUUUAUAUAGGACUCUUGAGAAACCAAAUGCUGAACUUCAAGAAGCUGCUUUUGAAUGUAUGAAGAAAUUUAUUAGUGGUUUUCAAAUUGACAUGGAAGCUGUUCAUGCUACAAUGAGACCAAUGUUAUUGACUCUCGGAGAUCAUCGUAAUUUAAGUUUGAACUGUGUGAAGCGACUUUCCUACUUGACUCAAUUAUUUCCAAGCACGUUCAGUAUCACUUUGUGUGAACAACUUCUUCAACAUCUUAAAAAAUUAUUAGAAAACUUAAUCCAAGUACAUAAAGGAGUAUCCAAGUCUGGUGAAAGCGAACAAAAAAUUGCAAUAAUUAUUGGAAUAUUUCAUCAAAUCCCUGCUGCAACACCUAAAUUUAUUGAUGUUCUCUGUCGACUUGUGCUUCAAACUGAGAAAUCGCUACUUGUUGAAGCUUCCAGUCCAUUUAGAAUUCCUUUGAUGAAAUUCCUACUUCGAUAUCCAAAUGAAACUUUAAAUUUAUUCUUACAUGACAAUAAUAUAAAGGAUCAGCAAUGGAGCAGAUAUUUAGAGUUUUUAAUUAAACACACUGACGGAAAACCGUUUAGGGAUGUACUUUAUAAUAAUACUGGACGAUUAAUAACAAUGCUAUUAGCUCAUUCUCAGACGAAUUCUAACUUGAGUUUUACUGAUAAGUGUGAGCUUCAACAUCAAUCAAUAAGAUUAAUUUCUGUGCUAAUUAAAUAUGAUGACCAAUGGCUUUCAAGUCAAACUCAACUUGUUGCUACACUUAAACAACUUUGGUGUAAUGAUGACUAUCAAGCUCUUCACAAACGUGUCGAUAGCGUUGAUUUCAGUCGUUGGAAAGAGCCCAAAUUAAUUGUUAAAAUUUUACUGCAUUACUUUAGUCAUCAUCCAAAUGAUAUUGAUUUAUUAUUUCAACUUCUUCGAGCAACUUGUGACCGUUUCAUUCCAGAUUUCCAAUUUUUGAGAGAUUUUUUGGAGAAUACAGUUGCGCAACAAUAUCAAGUAGACUGGAAACGGAAUGCAUUCUUUAGAUUUGUUGAACAUUUUCCAUCAAACAACAUGUCUCAAGAACUGAAAGCUAAAGUUUUACAGUUAAUAAUCAUUCCAUGUUUCUCUGUAAGUUUCGAACGAGGAGAAGGAGUUAAAUUAGUUGGAGGUGCACCUAUGCCUUAUCAAGACAAUCCAGAGAAUGUAGUCUCUGUUUUCAUAAGCAAAAUAAUUGAUCCAGAUAACCCAUUUGGUUCAUUUGACUGUUUAAGGAUCUCUUUACUACAAUUUUCAUGCUUGUUAGUCGAACAAGCAUCUCAGCAUAUUCACGACGUUACUAAUAAACGACAAGGAAAUAAAUUAAGGAGACUAAUGACUUUCGCAUGGCCUUGUUUACUUGGAAAAAAUUGUGUUGAUCCAGCAACACGAUAUCAUGGUCAUUUACUUUUAAGUCAUAUCAUUGCUAAAUUUGCUAUUCACAAAAGAAUUGUUUUACAAGUAUUCCAUAGUUUACUUAAAGCACAUGCUGUUGAAGCAAAAAAUGUUGUAAAACAGGCACUAGAAAUUUUAACUCCAGCAAUGCCUGUAAGAAUGGAAGACGGCAAUACAAUGCUAACACACUGGACAAAGAAAAUAAUUGUUGAAGAAGGUCAUUCUAUGCAGCAACUUUUCCAUAUUUUACAACUCGUUGUACGUCAUUAUAAAGUUUACUAUCCAGUCAGACAUCAUCUAGUACAACACAUGGUUAACUCAAUUCAGAGACUUGGAUUUAGUCCAACUGCUACAAUUGAUCAUAGAAGAUUAGCUGUGGAGUUAGCUGAAGUCAUAAUCAAGUGGGAGUUACACAGAAUUAAAGAUGAAGCAGAUGCCGGAGAAGGAGGUCCAAGUUUAAAGAGGUUUGAAUCUGAUCCGACUGCUUCUUUGAAUUCAUCUUCUUCAACUUUAUCAGCAUCGUCUGGAAUGUCUUCAGGAUCCGGAGGAGGAAAUAAUUCUGGAACUCCUGGGGCAUCAGGAAUACCAAUACCAACAUCAUCAUCAUCCUCAUCAGCACCAAUCGAUAGAGCGCAUGCAGAUGCUAUUUUAAACUUUUUAUUGCGUUUAGCGUGUCAAGUUAACGAUGCUACAACUCCAACAUCAACAAUGACAACAGGAUCGUCAACUACUGGAGGUGGAACAAAUCCAAUGGCAGCAACAACAUCCACAGCGACAAUGCCUCAGGGUGAACAGCUGUCUCGACGUUGUGUCAAUCUAUUGAAAAUGGCAUUAAAACCAGAUGUUUGGCCACAGUCUUGUGAUUUGAAACUUGCCUGGUUGGAUAAAGUUUUCUCGAGCGUUGAUAGUGCUCAACCAAAUUAUGGAAAUAUUUGUACAGCUCUAGAACUUCUUACAUUUUUACUUGGAGUUAUGAAGAGAGAACAGAUUUUAUCGAGUUUCAAACCACUUCAACGAGGUCUUGGUGCUUGUAUUAGUUCAAAUAAUACUAAAGUUAUUCGAUUAGUACAUGGAUUAUUAUCACGAUUAGUAACUAUAUUUCCUCCUGAACCAACGUCAUCAUCAGUUGCUUCUAAAUAUGAUGAAUUAGAUACUCUUUACACCACUGUUGGUAAAUUUAUUCUUGAUGGUCUUGGUGCUUAUGAGAAAAAUACUUCCGCUAAUCCUAGUUCAUUAUUUGGCACUUUGAUGAUUUUGAAAGCUGCUUGCACAAAUAAUCCAAACUAUAUUGAUCGGUUUAUCACACCAUUUAUGAGGGUUUUACAUCGAAUGGCCAAAGAUCAUCUCCAACCCGAACAAACAACUGAAACUAGCAAUCCAGUGGGUAGUGAAUUACUUAUCUUAAGUCUAGAUCUUGUAAAAAAUCGUGUUGUAGUGAUGAGUCCUGAAAUGAGAAAAUCGUUUAUAGGAUCAAUUCUUGUUGGAUUGAUAGAAAAAACACAAGAUAUUAAAGUGAUGAAAGCUAUUACAAAAAUGCUUGAAGAAUGGAUGAAGAAUAAAAAUCUAAUUGCUAUUAAUCAAGCUCCAAGUCUUCGUGAGAAAUCUAUUUUAUUAGUGAAGAUGAUGCAGUAUGUUGAAAAGAGAUUCCCAGAUGAUUUAGAACUAAAUGGACAAUUCCUAGAGCUAGUUAAUUAUGUUUACCGUGAUGAAACUUUGAGAUCAUCAGAAUUAACUUCAAAACUUGAACCAGCAUUUAUGAGUGGACUACGUUGUAUUCAACCUCAAAUAAGAGCUAAAUUUUUUGAAGUCUUUGAUGGAUCUAUGAGAAGAAGAUUAUACGAUCGGUUGUUAUACGUCGUUUGCAGUCAAAGUUGGGAUGCAAUGGGGCCUCACUAUUGGAUAAAACAAUGUAUCGAGUUAAUAAUCGUCACUGCAACAUUAUCUGCUCCAAUAAAAAUAUCAAAUCAAGAUAAUCUUUUACCUUCAAUAAAUUCAAUAGUCAAUUUGUCUGAUACUGAUGAAGAUAAAAAUUUGUAUUUUGCACCAAUUAAAGAAGAACCACAAGAAUCAAUGGAACUUGGAGAAUCUCCUGAGCUUUCAGAACAAACUCAAACUGUUAAUGAGCUCGAAUCCGGUGAUAAAAAUGAUGACUUACUUGACAUUGAUUUGAACGGCGACAGAAGUGAUUCUAUAAGUGGAAUUGAAGCUAAAAAAUCAACUUUAACUCAAUUAAUAUCAAAACAAACGGAAUUUUUAGAAAACGCGAGAAAGAUCAAAACUGAACAAUUUUUAUUAGCAUCUGCUCAACUAUGUCAUAUGGACACUAAUCUUGCUGAAAAAGUUUGGUUAGAUAUUUUUCCAAGACUUUGGUCAAUUUUAGAUCAACAACAACACAACACUUUGACUGCUGAAAUUGUUCCAUUUAUUUGUUCAGGUACUCAUGUGAUUCAAAAAGAUUGUCAUCCAUCAGCAAUUGCUACAUUUGUUGAAGCUAUUUCUCACUGUGAUCCUCCGAUUCCUAUAAGACCACCUUUAAUUAAAUAUUUAGGAAAAUCUCAUAAUCUCUGGCAUCGAAUGACGCUAAAUUUAGAAAAAAUGGCAUUCGAUGGAGAAAAUAAUUACGGAAAUGAUAUAAAUACUGGAAAUAUUGAUAAUAAUUCAAUGGAUUUCGAUGUUAAUCAUUCGGGUACCAAUAGUCAAUCAAGAGAUAAACGAGAUGUAGAUUGUUAUGAUUUUGAACCAGAUAAUAGUCCACAUACUCAAGUGUUAGAUUCAUUAUCAGAUAUGUAUUCUUUACUUUGUGAGGAAGAUAUGUGGUGUGGUUUAUGGCAAAAACACGCACACUAUAAAGAAACUGUUCAAGCAACAGCUUUAGAGCAGCAAGGUUUUUUUGAGCAAGCUCAAGGAGCUUAUGAUGUUGCCAUGACAAAAUUUAAACAAGAUUAUAUUACAAAUCCUGCUCCAUUUAAAAUCCAGAGGGAAGCUUUGUUGUGGGAGCAACAUUGGAUUCGCUGUGCGAAGGAAUUAAAUCAAUGGGACCUAUUGCUCGAUUAUGGUAGCAAAAAGAGUGAAAAAAAUCCAUUCCUUAUUCUCGAGAGUUCAUGGAGGAUACCUAACUGGAGUAUGAUGAAAGAAGCUUUAACUCAAGUAGAACACAAUUGUCCAAAAGAAAUGGCUUGGAAAGUUAAUCUUUAUCGUGGAUUUUUAGCCAUAUGUCAUACUGAAGAUCAACAACUUAAUGCCGUUGAAAGAUAUGUUGAAUUGGCAUCAAGUUUAUGUAUGAGAGAAUGGCGAAGACUACCUCAUAUUGUUAGUCAUAUUCAUUUACCUCUUCUUCAAGCAGCCCAACAAAUUAUGGAGCUUCAAGAAGCCAUGCAAAUUAAUCAAGGAUUACUUCAUGGUAGAUCUUCAUCAUUACAUGACAUGAAAGCUAUCGUUAAAACCUGGAGAAAUAGAUUACCCGUAAUUGCUGAUGAUUUAAGUCAUUGGUCAGAUAUUUUCACAUGGAGACAACAUCACUAUACAUUUAUAUCUAGCCAUUAUGAUUCUCAACAAGAUCAAUCAACGAAUCAUUCGAUGUUAGGUGUACAUGCUUCUGCCCAAGCAAUUAUUCAUUUUGGAAAAAUAGCACGAAAACAUAAUUUAACUGGAGUCUGUUUAGAUUCUUUAUCAAGAAUUUAUACUAUUCCAAGUGUUCCUAUUGUCGAUUGUUUCCAGAAGAUUCGGCAGCAAGUUAAAUGUUAUCUUCAAAUGGCUUCAGUAACUGGUAAUAAUGAGUUGCAAGAAGGUUUAGAAGUGAUUGAAUCAACAAAUCUCAAAUAUUUCACUAAAGAGAUGACUGCAGAAUUUUAUGCAUUGAAAGGAAUGUUGCUUUCACAAAUUGGAAGAUCUGAUGACGCUAAUAAAGCUUUUUCAGCAGCUGUUCAACUUCAUGAUACUCUGGUUAAAGCCUGGGCGCUUUGGGGAGAUUAUUUGGAGCAAAUUUUUACAAGAGAUUCACGACAAAUUUCUAUUGGUGUAUCAGCGAUUACUUGUUUUUUGCAUGCUUGUAGACAUCAGAAUGAGUCUAAAUCAAGAAAAUAUCUUGCUAAAGUACUUUGGCUUUUAACUUAUGAUGAUGAAAAAUCUUCUUUAAUGGAAGCUGUUGAUAAAUAUGCUGUCGGCGUUCCUCCAAUACAAUGGUUACCAUGGAUUCCUCAGCUUUUGAUGUGUCUAGUUCGUCAUGAAGGAAAUGUCAUUCUCAAUCUUUUGUCUCAAGUUGGUCGUAUGUUCCCACAAGCUGUAUACUUCUCAAUACGAACACUUUAUUUGACAUUAAAAAUUGAACAGAGAGAAAGGUACAAAAGUGCUGAAAUUGCUGCUGGAAAGAAUGUUUCUGAUGAUAGUGAAAGCAAAUCUGGUAAUGCUGCAAGUGGAGUUCAACAGCAGAUGGCUUCUAAUAUUACCAAUACAUCAUCGUCAUCGACUGCUGCAGCUGCACCUGAAACUGGACCUAUAAGAGCAACACCACCUAUGUGGAGAUGUUCGAAAAUUAUGCAUAUGCAAAGAGAUAUUCAUCCAACUAUUCUAUCGUCUCUUGAAGGAAUUGUUGACCAAAUGGUUUGGUUCCGCGAGACUUGGUAUGAAGAAGUUUUAAGACAACUUAGACAAGGUUUAGCGAAAUGUUAUGCGAUAGCAUUCGAAAAUCGUGGUGCUGUUUCCGAAGCAACGAUUACUCCUCAUACAUUAAAUUUUGUUAAAAAAUUAGUAUCUACUUUUGGUAUUGGAAUAGAAAAUAUAUCAUCAUCACAGAAUGUAAACAAUACUUUUGGAUCAGCAGCUUCAGAAUCAUUAGCUAGAAGAGCUCAAGCAACCGUCCAAGACCCUGUUUUCCAAAAAAUGAAAGGACAGUUUACUUCAGACUUUGAUUUUACAGUACCAGGUGCUAAAUUGUUACAUAAUUUAAUAAGUAAAUUAAAGAAAUGGAUAAAAAUUUUAGAAGGAAAAACUAAACAGUUACCUAAAUCAUUCCUUAUUGAAGAAAAGUGUAGAUUUUUGAGCAAUUUUAGCUUAAAAACUGCAGAAGUUGAAUUACCUGGUGAAUUUCUUUUACCCAAACAUUCACACUAUUACGUUAGAAUAGCAAGAUUUAUGCCACGAGUAGAGGUAGUCCAGAGACAUAACACAGCAGCUAGAAGACUGAGAAUUCGUGGACAUAAUGGUCGACUUUAUCCAUAUUUAGUGGUAAAUGAUGCUGGUUUGGGUGAUGCUAGACGUGAAGAACGAGUUCUUCAACUUCUUCGAAUGCUCAAUUACUACUUAGCGAAGCAAAAAGAAACUUCUCGAAGAUUCUUACAUUUUACUGUACCUCGAGUAGUAGCUGUUUCCCCACAAAUGCGACUGGUUGAAGAUAAUCCAGCUUCAAUAUCACUUUUGGAUAUCUACAAACUUGGAUGUGCUAAGUUGGGAAUGGAACAUGAUGCUCCUAUUGCUCGUUACUAUGAAAAAUUAGCAGCUAUGCAAGCGAGAGGUGGACAACCGAGUCAUCAAUGUCUCAGAGAUAUUUUGAAAGAAGUUCAAACAACGAUGGUUCCAAAAACAUUGCUGAAAGAUUGGGCGGUUAAAACUUUCCCUGUUGCUACGGAUUAUUGGACGUUUAGAAAAAUGUUUACUCUUCAAUUAUCUCUCGCAUGCUUCUGCGAAUACGUUCUUCAUUUAACAAGACUUAAUCCAGAUAUGAUGUACAUUCAUCAAGACUCCGGACUUGUUAAUAUUGCAUAUUUCAAGUUUGAUGUUGAUGAUACUUCUGGAGAAUUAGAUGCCAACAGACCAGUACCUUUUAGACUUACUCCAAAUAUUAUUGAAUUUAUUACGAGCACAGGAGUUUCGGGACCUCUAACAGCAUCAGCAAUAGCAACAGCGCGAUGUUUAGUUCAUCCAUCCUUCAAAGUUCAUACAAUUUUACGAGCUAUAUUGGGUGAUGAAGUAAUAGCUGAUCAUAACAGGAAGCAAGAAGAUUCUGAAAAUGCUUCUCAAUCACCUUCAGAUAUGAAAGGAGAAUUAUUGAUAACUAUGGUUACUCGAGCAGUGACAGCAAUUAUGAAUAGACUUAAUUCUCUAGCUAAUUUUGAAGGAACUGACAGUAAAAUGAGUACUCUUGUUGCUGCAGCUAAUAGUCAUGAUAACUUAUGUCGUAUGGAUCCCUCAUGGCAUCCGUGGUUGUAAAUUUAUAUAAACUUUUUAUUCAAAAAAAAUUUUUCUAUCGAAUGAUUUUUUAAAAUCUUUGAUAGUUAUUAUUAUUCACAAGCUUAAAAAUGGAAUGUAUGAAAAAUCUAAAACAUUUCUU